AUCACGUUUCACGAUAAACUGACGACAAUGAUCAAUCUUUGCUCGGAGCUUACGAUUCACAUUUUUAAAAGAUCAUAGAUCACGAUUCACGCUGAUCAAAUUUCGCCUUUCACGAAUCACGGCGUGAUUCACGAUAAGCAUAAAAGGCCGUUCACGGAUCACGAAAAUAACCCUCACCGCCCCUGUAUAGCCCUCUAUCACAAACCUCUGGCUUGAUCCAACCGUUUGUAUUAUUACUUGAACGCAAUGUCCUCUAGAAAAAUUUCCGUGAAGCAGUAUUAAAAAAGAAUAAAAGAGCAUAAGAUAUCUAAUGCUUUCUUUUAGAGAAACCUGUAUUUUGUCUGCAUUUCUAUUGAAUGCCUCUUCUUCCCUAUAACCUUUCUUACAAGUUUCUUUAAGGGGGUUAAGUUUUUUAUGGGGUCAAACUCUUGGUUGUCGAGUGUUGUCUAGGCAAAAGCAAAAAUUGCUAAAAUUAGCACAUUAUCCUGAAAUACCACACGAAAAUAUUGGAUUUUUAAAAUAUCAUUCAUCGCUAAUUUUCCUCCCAAUGCUUUGACAGCAAAACGUAUGUUAAUUUUGCUAAUUCGCUUAAAAAUCGCCUGCAAUGUCUUGACACCUGCAUAUGAGUAACACGAAGGAGUGACACACCUGUGCUGUUGUUUCUGCGUCCGAUGAUUGAUUUUUUGGAGGGUACUUCGAUCUAAUUAUUUGUACUAAGCUAAAAAAUAUCAUAUUUUGUAAGCUGUUGCCGGCCAAUAAAAAAAUCUUCCCUUGCAAUCCACCCCCAUCCCGGAGAACCGGCUAGCAGGCUACAUUUUUGGGAAGAAUCGCUUGAGAAUCGCCUGUGAAUUUUGGCACCUGCUUCAGAGAAAAAAACAUGAAUUCGUGCUACAUCCUAAUUGAACAUGACUGUUUCAUAUAAUUUAUCAGAAGAAAGCUUAGUGAUAUGGAUAUUUUGUUAAUCGAGUUGCCUGCCAAUGAAAAUCCAAGGAAUCCUGUUAGUGGAGACUCAUUCCGACUAAAAAAAAACUUUGAAUAAAGUACUGUAACUAUCAUAAUAGCAAAUAUGUCGACAUUGAAUACAACAAAUAUUUGUAGUCCUUAGAAACAUAUGGUAUAACACCGUCAAAAAUUCAUUGUCUUAAAAAGUCAAGAUUUUCAAGGUUUGCAUGACUGUUUCCUGUUUUUGAAUGUUAAAACAAUUUUGCAAUCUUCAGCAGGUGUAGAAUAGAACUAACCAACGCAACAAUCGCAAUUCAUAUUUGACGCCCAAAGCCGAACGACGAGAUGCUCGCGUACAACUAUUCAUGUUAUCAUUUCACCGAAUGGGUCCAGUAUGGCCAAAUAACUAACACGCAAUUCAUCAUCGUCGCUAUCCUAAACGGAGUCACCAUUCUUCCCGCCAUCGUCCUGAAUGCUUUAAUCCUUAUCUCGAUAUGGAGGACACCUGCGCUUCACAAGCCAUCGACAGUUUUCCUAUUCAACUUGGCCCUUUCCGAUUUUGUUGUUGGCCUUGUUGUGCAGCCUGUAUUGAUGGCAUGGUUUGUAUUGGAACUGAACGCGGUUGAAAUCCAAGCAACCUAUUGUUACAUGGCUCUGACUAUGAUCGUUUCUUCCACUUUUUUCUCGUGCCUUUCGUUUUACAUGGUGACUGUGGUAGCCGUGGAUAGAUUCCUAGCUCUUUAUCUACAUCUCCGGUAUCCAACAAUCGUGACAAUGAAAAGGGCGAUCUUAGUUGCUGUGUCGAUCUGGCUAACAGCUCUCUCUGUGGUUGUAAUUUGGUUCUUUUUUGGCACCAAGUAUAAAAGAGUCUUCAGUAUUCUUUCUAAAUCAAACACGGCAAUAUUAUGUAGCAUAGUUUUCAUAAGCUAUUUCAAGAUCUAUAGAAUAGUCAAGAAACACCAGAGACACAUACAAGCUGCAGAUAUGAGCCUUACGAGAACUUUCUCCGUCACAGAAGCAUGUUCAUUAGAGGGAUCCGCGUCUGAUUCCCCAAAUACACAGCCGCAAAGUAUCCGCCGUUACAAGAAAUCCCUCAUCAGCUCAUUCUAUGUCUAUUUUGCGUUUGUUAUCUGCUAUCUUCCUAUACUUUGUUCCGUGAGCUACGAUGCUCUUACAAACGACCAUCGCGUUUCGGCAUACUUUACAAAGAUUGCGCUAUGCGUGCUUGCAAUAAAUUCUGCGUUAAACCCUGCAAUCUAUUUCUGGAAGAUGAGGGAACUGCGAAACGCGGUUUGGGGAACUGUGAACUGGUUAAGAGAGAUGGUUGGUGUUAGGAGAAAUGAAGUGAAUCCAAGCCGCACUGCCCAGGUGGCAUGGGUAGUAAAAUAGUGGAGCCCUUUGUGACACAGCGCCUGUAAGGAGCAAAGCCCAAUGUGGCACGAAACACCGCGCUGCGCAGGCCUCAUGGAUAGUUCCAAUAAAAAGCGAGCUCUAUGUGGUACAAAGCACUGCGCUAUUCAGGCCUCGUGGAUACCCCCUAUAAAAAGCAGAGCCUUAUAUCUGUUUAUGUUGGGCGAAACACCACGCAGGCCUCAUGAAAGCUUCAUUUAAGAAGUACCGCCCUGUGUAACGAAGUACCGCGCUGCGCAGGUCUCAUGGAUUCAUCUUGCGGAGCUCUAUGUGGCACGGAGCACUAGGUGGCGUACACGCACGGAUUUGUUCCUAUAAGAACGGAGACCUAAGUAACACGAAGCACCGCGGUACGCAGGUCUUAUAGAUACUUCCUUUAAGAAGGGGAGGCCUAUGUGGCUAGAAACACCACGCAGACGCCAUGAAGCGGAGCCCUAUGUGACACGAAUCAUCGCGCUGCUCAGGCCUCAUGAAUACUCCCUAUAUGAAGCGGAGCUCUAUGUGGCACGUGGCACGAAGCACCGCGGGGCGCAGAUCACAUGGGUAGUUCCGAUAAGAAGCGGAGCCCUAAGUAAUACGAAGCACCACGGUGCGCAGGUCUUGUGGCUGAUAGCUUCUAUAAAGAAGCGUAGCCCUAGAGGACACAAUGCACCGCUAUGGGGGAUGGGAUAUAUUGACUAUGUAUAUAGUGUAUAUGUAUAAAAUACUAGGUUGUACAACCUCAUAUUUCUCAUCCUCGGGGACCCAGGGCAUCGCGGAGAUCGGGGACACAGGAAGCACGCGCAAAA